CUCACACCUACGUCACCAGACAGAGAGGGAGAGAUUCGGGGAAGGGAAUGGGUUCCUCGUCUGGAGUAGUAUUGGAGGAAAUACCUUCCGUCGAUUUGAUGACGGAGCUUCUCCGCCGCAUGAAGUGCUCCUCCAAGCCUGACAAGCGUCUCAUUCUCGUCGGUCCACCUGGAUCUGGGAAGGGCACACAGUCACCCAUUAUUAAGGAUGAGUACUGCUUGUGCCACUUGGCCACUGGUGAUAUGCUGAGAGCAGCUGUUGCUGCUAAAACUCCUCUAGGAAUUAAAGCUAAAGAAGCUAUGGAUAAGGGAGAACUUGUAACUGAUGACUUGGUUGUUGGAAUAAUUGAUGAAGCAAUGAAGAAGCCCUCAUGUCAGAAAGGUUUCAUUCUUGAUGGGUUUCCAAGGACUGUUGUCCAAGCAGAAAAGCUAGAUGAAAUGCUUGCAAAGCAGGGAAAUAAAAUUGAUAAGGUGCUUAACUUUGCAAUUGACGAUGCCAUAUUGGAGGAGAGGAUCACUGGACGUUGGAUCCACCCCUCAAGUGGUCGGACAUACCACACAAAGUUUGCACCUCCCAAAGUUUCAGGUGUUGAUGAUGUUACUGGAGAGCCACUGAUUCAACGAAAAGAUGAUACUCCUGAAGUUCUGAAGUCAAGGCUGGAGGCUUUUCACAGGCAAACUGAACCAGUUAUUGAUUAUUAUGCCAAAAAGAAUGUCCUUGCCCAGCUUCAUGCCGAGAAACCCCCAAAAGAGGUCUCUGCUGAGGUUCAGAAAGCUCUCUCUUAGUAAGAAUGGAUCAAUACAUUGUGUGUCGUGCUAGUUUUUCAUAUGUGAUCCGAUGCAUUGUCGGCUGAUCCUUUGGUUUUCUCUUACAUUUCAUCCUUAGACUUUGAGCUGCAACUUGUCCAGCCAUCCCAAUCGUGUGGCUUUGUUGCAAAAAUAAAGGUUCACAGAAUAUGAGAAUUUUUGUCUUAUAUUUUGUCACAGAAUAUGAGUUUCUGACUUUAUUACAAUAUCGAAAUUAUAAUAAAGUUGAUAUUUA